AUGUUUUCAGCAUUCAAAUAUUGUGCAAUAGACUAUUUAUACGAGAAUGUAGUUAGAAAGAAGUUUUGCAGAGAUGCUUUAUUGCUUCGAAUCCCUUCGUGUUUAUAUCAAGAUGGAAAUUAUCAUGCAGAAGUUAUUGAUCAUAAAUUUAGGAGGCCAUGGACAAGAGUCUCAGCUGUUUCAGUUUGGGGAAUGACAGAUAGCUCAGUCUUGGAUCAAUGGAAAGCAAGUCUCACUGUGGAGGAGUUCCUUGAGAGAAAAAUAGUUACAGGAAUGGUGACUCAGAUUAACGGUGAAUUUGAAGAAAUUGUUCCAAGUUCAAACCCAGACUCCCAGAGUGAAAUCGAGGAAGCCAGCUUACACAUUCAUAAGGACUACAGUGAAGUCUUUACACCUAUUAGCUAUUUAGAAAAAUAUUCAGCAUUUCAAGCAAAGAACCAAGGUUUGUUUAUUGAUGAUGAAGAAAUAAUUUUCACAAAUAAUUUGAUGACCUAUAAAAGUCAUCUACCAACCUUGCAGACUCUGUUGAGUAGGCUAAAACUGUUUUUGAUAAAGGACCCCCUUUUAGAUUUCAAAGAACAAAUCUUCACAGAAGCUGAUUUUUUCAGGGAAUGUUUCUCUUUCCAAGGAGAUUUGAAAGAUCUUAUGAAAGAAGAUUUUUACAUGGAUAAAGAGAACUUUUGUCAGGAGAAGCUAGAAGAUAUAGUAGGUGUAAAUGAACCACCAUUUUUUCCUGAGUGUGAAUUAAUAGCUGCAAGCUUCAAACAAGAAGUUGGUAUUCCAUCACUUUCAGAACUGAAGGAGUCAUUAAACUUAAUGCCAGAAAUAAUAACUUAUGGAGAUGAAAAUGAAUAUGAAAAGCUUUUCAAAAGAGAUCUUACUACCAAGCAUGCAAUUGACAUUGAGGAUAUAAAAUGCAGCUCCACAGAGAUUUUGACCAUUCAAAGCCAGUGCAAACCAGAGUGCCAUGAACCAGAAGAAUUAGAAAUGCCAUUAUCUUUUCUACACCUAACAAACCAACAUUCUCCUGUGAAUUCAUUAUGUACAGGACUUCAGACAUUUCCAUUUUCUCCUGUUUGUAAAAUUAAUUUGCUUACUGCUGAAAAGUCAGCUAAUGAAGACAGUGUGGUGUGGCAAUCAGAAAGCUGCAGAAGCUUUUUGAACUCAUUUUUGCUUCCAGUGCCAAGUACUGAAGAACCCGACAGUCAUUAUUCAGCUACAGAUUUGAAAAAGAUAUUUUCAGUUGAAGAAGAAAACCUUGUGGUUACCCCUGUAAACCCAGAGUGGUGGAAACAAGGAGGAUUCAAUCUGAAAGUGACAGAAACUUUGGAACACCUGACUGCGUACUUUAGUUAUCAAGAUCUAUCAUCUGAUGAUACCAAAAUGGAGAUAUUUUUGCCUACAAAAAUACUUGAAUUAGACUCAUGGCUAGACCAUAAAACUUCUUCUUUACCUAUUGUAGUUAUUAAUGAGGAAUCUACAAGUGAUAAUUUAUUACUUCAUCAAAAAAGUCCAACCCUGGCAAAAGAAGUACCAGACUUGUGUUUUGCUGAUGAACAUAUCUCUAUUCAAAAACCAACAAAAGAGGAAAAACCAAUGGAUGAUCAAGAACUAGUUUAUAGAAUAAUCCAAAAUAGAGAAAAGAAAGAUUGCUUGGAACCUAACUGCACUGUACUAUCUACUGAAUCAUCUUCCUCCUCAAAAAUGGAAACAGCAUCUUUUAAACGUGGAAAAAAACGGGAGAAUGAUUUGGAUCUUUUGAGUGACUUUAUUAUGAUACGAAAUAAACAUAAAACUUGUACCUCAAAGACUGAAGUCACAGACAGUGAUGAAAAAAAUGAUAAAGAAGAACCUUCUUUGACUCUUCAGGAAGAAAGUCCUAUUGUUUGCACUAUUAAAACUCUAGAGAAAAUAAAUCAGGAAAGGGGAGCAGAUAAUGUCAUUGAGAUUCAAGCAUCAGAUAGCCAGUGCCAAGCAUACUGUCUCCUAGAAGCAGCAGCUACUCCUAUCUUAAAAAAACUCAGAUGCCUCUGUACUCUCCCUGUUGCUGAUUGGAAAUUUGCCACUGUUAUUUUUGACCAAACAAGAUUCCUCUUAAAGGAACAAGAAAAAGUAGUAAGUGAUGCUCUUCAUCAAGGUAUAAAUGAUGAAAAAGAAAUGAUGUUCAAGAAUGCUGGUCUCUUACACCUUCUUGUCACAAUUCGAGAUGUCCUUUUAACAUGUAGCUUGGAUACAGCACUGGGCUAUUUGUCAAAUGCAAAAGAUGUGUACAAAAGCAUUUUAGGCUCCUAUUUGGAUGACAUUUGGAGACAGCUAGAGGUUGUACAGUUUAUUAGGGGGGGAAAGCCAGAAACCAAUUACAAAAUACAAGAAUUGCAAGGUCAGAUACUAAAUUGGAUGCAAAGUAAACAGCAAAUUAAGGUGCUAAUUAUAAUAAGAAUGGAUUCAGAUAAUGAAAAAAAUUUACUUAUUGAAAUCCUUAACAAAAUGGAAGGUUUAACAUUGACUGUCUUACAUUCGAACGCAAGAAAAGAUUUUCUGGAAUCUGAAAGUGUUAUAAAUGGUACAAGUUCCUGUGUAGUAGUAUACAAUCAAUAUAUUGGAGCAGAUUUCCCCUGGAGUAAUUUCUCAUUUGUGGUGGAAUACAAUUAUGUAGAAAACUCUUGUUGGACUAAACACUGUGAAAAAUGGAAUAUUCCAUACAUGGCCUUUAAAGUGAUGCUUCCAGACACAGUUUUAAAGAGAAGCAACUUGCUGGAUAAUUUUGGUGGUUUUCUUUUGGAAAUUCAGAUUCCAUAUGUGUUUUUUGCAUCUGAAGGACUUAUUAAUACUCCAGAAAUACUUCAGUUGCUAGAAUCCAACUAUAAUAUCACACUAGUGGAAAGGUGCUAUAGUGAGUCAUUGAAGUUCUUUGGAGGUACGGAGUGUUAUGUAGUAGUGACAGUUGAUGAACACACUGCCAUAAUUUUGCAGGACCUAGAAGAAUUGAAUUGUGAGAAGGCAUCAGACAACAUCAUUAUGAGACUGAUGGCAUUAUCAUUCCAGUACAGCUAUUGUUGGAUAAUUUUUUAUGCCAAAAAAACAUUAAACUCAGAGUACUAUCUUACAGAAAAGACUCUUCAUCACCUAGCACUGAUUUACGCAGCAUUAUUUUCAUCUGGGCUAAAAUCAGAAGAACUGGAUGUAAAGAUUAUAAUUGCUCCAGGAGUGGAAGAGACUGCAUUGAUAAUCCGACAAAUUGCUGACCACAAUUUAAUGACCUCGAAGAGAGAUCCUCAUGAAUGGUUGGACAAAUCCUGGCUUGAAGUGUCACCAUCUAAGGAAGAAAUGUACUUACUUGAUUUUCCAUGUAUUAACCCAUUGGUGGCUCAGCUCAUGUUAAAUAAAGGACCUUCACUACACUGGUUAUUAUUAGCAACUCUUUGUCAACUUCAGGAACUCCUACCUGAAGUUCCAGAAAAAGUGUUAAAGCAUUUUUGUGACAUCACUUCUUUAUUCAAGAUUAAUUCUUCUUCCACAACAAAAUCACCUCAAAUUUCAUCACCUCAGAAAAACAGGAAUCAGACAAGUACCUUUCUUUCUCAGAGUUCAUUUUCUGAUUCUUCCGACUGUGUCAUUCAAGAACAUAAUGAAUAUUACCAGUAUUCAGACUUAGGAGAGACAGUGCAGCAAGACACAAACAGCAUUUCAAAUGAUAACUUUUCCCUAAUGGAUCAAAGAGAAACAGAAAUGCCAUGUGCUUUAUCACCUGUGACUUCUUACAGUCAGACCUGCUAUUGGAAAGACUCCAGUUGUAACCCUAACAUAGUGCAGAAUAAUCCUUUUCUGAUUAAUAUGGAACCAAGGAACUCACCUGGUAACUCCUUUCUAAACCAAAAUGAUUCACAGACAGAUGUCUUUUCUUUGGGUCUAGCACAAAUGAAUUGUGAAACCAGAAUAUCACCAAUCAACACUCAGAAGAGAGUUGCCCUUAAUUUUAUAAAUUAUCAGAAGGGAACACAUGAAACAAAAAGACCUAUAAAUAAAGAUGUAUCUGCCCCUAUCUUUUCAUUAGAAGGCUCUCAAUCACCUCAUUGGAACUUUAAGAAAAAUAUAUGGGAACAACAGACUCACUCAUUCAACUUACAAUAUGGUGCAGAGCAGACUCCAUGUGCCACCUGGUACCCUCAGAAAGAUAAUUUAUUCACUAAUCAGCAAAAAUGUCUAUCGGAUGAGUUAGAAGGCCUCAUAUGCAAAAGUUCAAGUGUUGGACCUAAAGAGACUUUCUGGAAAGAAUUACCAUCUGUCCCCAGUUUGGAUUUACUUUGUGCUUCUGAUUCUAAUGUAAAUAAAAAAGAAUUCAACAGUCUUUCUUUCUACCAAAGAGAUAGAACAUGUUUAGGACAGAAAAGGCAUGCUGAAUCUUCAUUUGACUCAGGAGACAAGAAAUCAUUAACAGAUUUUACGUGCUCACAACUACCACAAUUCAAAAAACGACGUCUGUUGUAUGAAAAAGUCCCUGGUAGAGUUGAUGGACAAACUCGUCUGAGGUUUUUUUGA